GAGAGCUGUGCCUACAUGACUCUCGACAGAGCUGUCUACAUGGUGCAGCUUCAUUACUUUAUUCUGUAGGAUGAAGAAUGUGAAGAUUUCUAAUUUGCCACUGCUUUUUGUGUUUGUGCAAGCCUGCUUCGCUAAGGCAGACUUUGCCCCCUACUUCUAUGACAAUGGCCCACACAGCAACAAUGGGAAUCUGGCCCUGUUCAGCCUCUCUGAGGACACCCCUGUUGGUACACAGAUCUAUCGACUUAACGGCACAGACCCUGAAGGCCAGGAGGUGAGUUAUGGUCUUUUCUUUGAUCCCGGGUCAAAGGAGUACUUCAGGGUGGACCCAAAAUCUGGAAAUAUUACACUAGUGGAAAAGCUGGAUAGAGAGAAACAAGAUUCGGUUGAUGUUAAUAUCAGCAUCACAGAUGGAAGAAGCAAGGUUGUUGAACGAGUCACAAUAUUUGUGAUGGAUGCAAAUGAUGAAAAGCCAGAAUUUCAAAACAUGCCCGCAAUCAUUGAUGUAUUGGAAACAACUGAAUCUGGGAGAAGCAUCUACAAAGUGGAGGCUGUGGACAGAGACACAGGCUCUGGAGGCUCAGUUAGCUACCAUCUCCAGACACCACAGUCCAGUUUGUUUGCAAUUGACAUAAACAGUGGGGUCCUCCGUAUCAAAUCUGGACAAAUGUUGGAUUAUGAGAAAGCAAAGACACAUUUUGUUACUGUCAUCACAAAGGAUGGCGGAGGCAAUUCGAAUGGCAAGGAGCACGUUAUGUCAUCCACUGCGACUCUCACUGUCAAUGUGAUUGAUGCACAAGACACUCCACCAUUUUUCAUUGGAACCCCCUACUUUGGCUAUGUCUAUGAAGUCUCAGUGCCGGGAUCUGAAAUAUAUACAGUUAGUGCUGAAGAUGGUGAUGUGGGAAACCCAAAUCCAGUCAGUUACUCAUUCGAUGAGGGCGAUGAUGGUGUUUUUGGCAUUAACAAGACAAGCGGUUGCAUAUCUCUACUGGUUGCCCCCAUUUAUUUGAAGAGAGAAAUCUUUAACAUUAAAGUCAGGGCAUCAGAAGUAAGCUCCCAAGACAAAGAAAUGGACUAUGGGGUGACCACAGUGGUGAUUCGUGUGGUGGACUUAAAUAAUAAUCCACCAACUUUUUAUGGAGAGAAUGGCCCACAGAAUAUGUUUGAACUGACCAUGUACGAGCAUCCACCCGAGGGAGAGAUACUCCGCGGACUGAAAAUCACAGUUAAUGACUCUGAUAAGGGUGCAAAUGCCAAAUUUAAUCUGAGACUGAUUGGACCAGGAAGAAUGCUGCGAGCUGUCCCCCAGACUGUACUCAAUGAGGCCCAAGUCACAAUCUUAGUGGAGGACUCUGCUGCUAUGGACUAUGAGAAGCACCGGUUUCUAACAUAUAAGCUGCUUGCAGUUGAGAUUGACACCCCAGAGAGAUUCAGCUCCACAGCAGACAUUGUCAUUCAUCUCCUGGACACCAACGACAAUGCUCCUAAAUUCUCCUCGGACUACUACAUCGCCAGAAUUCCCGAAAAUUCACCCGGUGGCUCGAAUGUAGUGUCAGUCACUGCUGUAGACCCAGACUCAGGACCCUGGGGUGAUGUCAAGUACUCUAUUUACGGAUCGGGGGCUGACCUAUUUCUCAUCCAGCCUACAUCUGGGAUAAUUUACACUCAGCCCUGGGCAAGUCUGGAUGCUGAGGUGAGGUCCAAGUAUAACUUCUAUGUGAAGGCAGAGGACGCAGAGGGAAAGUACAGCCUGGCUGAAGUCUUUGUGACCGUGCUGGAUCUGAAUGACCAUCCACCUGCUUUCAACGAUAACUUCCUGGAGAAGACCAUGGUGAUUGGAGCUCCGGUGAAAAUAGAGGCUAUAGAUGAUGACGCAGAGGUACCCAACAAUGUUAUUGAGUAUGCCAUAAUGAAGGCUGAGCCGGACAACAACAUCUUUGACAUAGAUGCUGACACGGGAGAAAUCAAGUUAAAGUCCUACAUCAAGUCAAUAGCUAUCAUUCAGAACAUCACCAAGAAGAGAGAUUGCAGCUGGUCACUGGUGGUCCAGGCUCGAGACCGGGGUCAACCAUCCUUCAGCACCACUGCAGUCGUUAAGAUCGACAUCACUGAAGCUACUCAACUCAAAGGGGGGCCUUUGGGAUCAUUUUUAUUGCUGAAUAGAAACAACCCAUUACAAAUCAUAGGAAUGCUCAUCGGUAUCAUUAGCCUCACAGUCAUAGUCACUGUCAUCAUUUCCACCAUGACAUUCCUGCGUAACAAAAAGUCCAACCGCAUACUGCCCAACCGCCGUGUACGGAGAAGGCCGCAGAAGCAGCACUUCUGGAACUUCAAAAGCCCUUUUAAGUCACCAGACACCCCAAUAGAGAAUUUCACAGUUCAAGAGGAACAGCAGGAUCCAGAGGUGACCGUGGAGAAUGUCAACUACAACAACAAUAUCAGCAAUGUUGUAAGACACUGGCCCCCACCACCCUGUGCACCCACUUUGCCCCCUCCACCACCCACCUAUGUCCCAGGAGAACGGCACUGGACCAUAUCGACUGUCUCUGCAGCUGUGGCCCCAAAACCCAAAAAGAGGCCAGUGAUAGACAGAAGGGACACUAUGAACAAAGCAUUAGUUUCAGAGCUGAAGAUGAAACUGGAACAGAAGAGGAUGACAACUUGAUAUUAUUUAAAAAAUUGGUGAAAUAUUUCAAAGUGAGGUUUAUUAUUAGCAAUAGUUUCUUUACCUGCCAUAAAUGGAUGUCAUAUAGUAAAGAGUUUGUGGAAAAGUAAAUGUUUCUAGCUAGUCAGAAGGACCCCUGGGUUUUGUUGACGAAGCUGUUCAUGCUUGUGGAAAACAACGUUAUAUCAAUGGAUCCUAAACUUCACUUUAACAAGAUCGUUGACAAGUUAGUCGCUGUUCGUUUAGCCAAAAAGAUCCAUCUGACUAGCCAUUUAGCCUCAACAUACCUCUCUGAGUCUGUUAGCUGAGUUGGACCUCGCAGAAAGCAGGUGCCUAUUUUCAUGCUAUUUUUGGCUCAGUUAAACCACACUGCUCAAAGGUAGAAAGUCAAUAACAAUGCAGUAUUUGUACCCUUGUGAUCCCUAAGAGCUAAAUUAUGCAAAUGGGGAAACCACCAGAUUUUCACACACCACAUUUCUGAAAAUCAAGCAUUGUUUUUCUUCCGCUAUCCAUGGCUUGACUCACAGUUUCCUUUAUCUGCCAUGUGUUUGGCACCACCCUUUAAAUGGGGUUUGCUAUGUUUCUGUGAGUAGAGUCACACAAUCACAAAAAUAAGAGCUGCAGGUACAUAUGAUGAAAUUAAUGCCACAAGCUUUCCAGUUAGGGGAACUAUUAUUGUUAAUAACCUCACUUCAAAAAGUCUGAACUGUCCCUUUAAGAGUUGACUAAACAAUCAACUCAAGGUCCUUUUACAGUGUGCUAGACCAAUUUUCUGAGAAAUGUUUUUUACUGUUUAAUCAGCACCAAACCAUACAUCAGCCACUGUCACCUUUUAUUAAAAGGUCAAAAAUUAACUCUAUCAUUAUCAGUGCUUUUUUUGUGUGUGUGUGUGCGUGUGUGUGCAUGUGUGUGUGUGUGUGUGUGUGUGUGUGUGUGCGUAUGUGUGUGUGUGUGUGUGUAUGUGUGUGUGUGUGCAAAUUUUUCUCAUGUCCUCUAGACUUUUUUGUAUGCCUACACUCAUAGUUUCAUAGAAGUUUAAGUAAAUCAGCAGACUGCUACCUUCUAAGUAAAUAAUGUAUUUUUUAUAAACAGAAAAAAAUCUGCCAUAUGUAUUAUUAUUAUUUAAAUCCUGUUUUUGUUUUUUGGGGGGGGGGGGUUUUGCUGUUCAAACGUUACAAUAAUUGGAACAGCUGAACUCUCCUUUCCCGAAUGAUGUGUUAACAUCUUUGACCCAGAUUCCUUGUUGGAAAUUUGGUUUGUGAUAUAAACAAGCAUUUUCCAAGGGAUUUCUUGGUCCUUGAACUCAAGAGUCAGACUGAGGGAAGAAAGCCAAAGUGAUCAAACCAGGAGGGUCUUUAAACCUUUUGUGUGAAGCACUGUAUUAUCAUUUAUGACCACAUUUGAUUUAUUUCCCAUUUAUAUAUAUAUAUAUGGUAUAACUGUUUAUGUGGAUGUGAUUUUUGUUGUUGUGCUUUCAAUAAAAAAAAAAAUAAUGUAUAAUAAUAAUAAUAAUUCCCUAAAUAUAGAGACAUGAUUUGUUUUUUAUUUGUAUUGUUUUUUGCUCAGCAGAAUUGUACCUCAUACCUUAAUGCCACCAUUUGAUGUCACCUUUUGACCACUAAAGGUGAAUAUGAAACAAGAAAUUAACAUUGUACUUUUUAUAUCCUAGUACGUACAUCCAAAUCUGAUAGACUAAACUGAGAAGAUAUAAUUGUUAGAACACAGCAUCAAAUACUUAUGUGAGCAAAUGCAUUAGAAAAUGUUUCUUUAUUGUGUAACAAGGCUGAAAUGUUGAUCUUUUGUUUUAUACAUUUAUAUUUUGAUGUCAAACCCAAAUGUUCCCAGACUACUUCAAAAAUAAAAAAUUUGGCCUCAAGACCCAAGGGAAUUACACAGUUAGGCCAGUACAACUGGGACAUCUUAAAACCAUCAUCUGCAUGCUGUUAUUGCUAUUUAGAUCCUAUUCAGCAGGGAGCCUGUACAAUCAGUCCUGAGAAGCAGGGUAAAGAACAGGUGACAUGUCCAUCACUGAGCCAAUGAAAAGAGACUGAAACAAGUUACUGCGCUCUGGCACAAUCACACCUAAGGGUGAUUUAGCAUUGCCAGUUACCUCAACAUGGAUAUCUUUGAACCAUGGCGGGGAAAUCCAAAUGCCCAGAGAGAACCUGCAAACACAGACACUUUGUAGCUGCGCAGUUGACAUGUAAAACAAAUAUAUAUAUAAUAUAUAUAUAUCUUGAUAGCUUUAUAAUACUAAUAAAGCUAAUUCUAAUUGUUCCACAGUGGUGUUGUGUACUGCACUUUGCUCUCUAAUGGUUUUGAAUACAAAACUGAGGCUAGCUAGCUCACAGUGAUAUGUUGUUGUUUUGCUGUCUGUGUACCAUACCACACAGUAUUUGGUACCAUAUUGUGCCAUAUUGUAUUGUACUGAAUCAAACUGUACAAUAUCUUAUUGAAUAAUUUUGCUUUCUGUGGUAUUAUACUGCAUUGCAUUUCAUCAUAUAAUAUUCUAUUAUACUGAAACCAAAAAGUUUUAUUUAAAGAAAAAAAAACACUUUAGGCACAUCAAAGAAUCUUAUCCUGUUUGUCUUAAAUGAAUAAGGGUCCAAUUUUAUUGCAUUCCCCAAAAAGUCAUAACAUUAUGAUCACCAACAGCUGCUCGUACUCAUCGUCUUCCGGGUAUCCAGACAGAUAAACCUUUUCUAAAGAUCAAUCCAGUUACCUAAAUUAUCCUGUUCCCUCCACAUGUCUACAGAAAUCCCCCUUGACUGCAACUUUGCCUCACCAACAGGAAAAACUGCUUAGAAAUGAUUCAAGGAACAUCUGAGGCAUUAAACUAAAAAUUUGUCAAACUCAGUUACUAGAAGUUCAUUCCAGUUCAAUGUUAACUCUAACCCAAUAUUUGACUCAGUGGGGAAACUCCACACCAUUACAUUUUUACCUAUGAGUAGAAUUGCUCCACCUAACAAUAAUUCUGAACUGUAUAACUGAUUUGUAAAAUGUUGCCAUUGUCCAUAAAAUGAUCUCAGCUUAUUAUUUAAUCGAUUACCUAAAUAAAUGACUGAUAUAAUAUAA